AUGGUACCUAGAAAGCACAACAAUUCUGAAACUUCAAGUGAGGAAAACAGUAAUCAAUCCAAGAGAGUUUGUGAAGAAAACCCUGCUGUUAGCAGAUCCUACGAUUGCCAUUUUUGCAAGCGGGGUUUCACCAACGCGCAGGCAUUAGGAGGGCAUAUGAAUAUACACAGGAAAGAAAAAGCCAAGAACAAGAAGAAAAAUCUUGAGGAAUCUUCAAUGAAUUCUCCAGGGUAUUUUCCAGCAGUUUCACCCAAUGAUCAGCAGCAAAAAGCAAUAUAUUACGAUGGUAUGGGGGCACAAGUGAGAUUUCAAGUCUACUUGCCAUCGCCAAACGGCCCAAACCCUAGUUAUGUCACGCGUGAAAUUCAUCAUUUGGCAUCAUCAAACCUUAAUGAUUUGUCUUCUGUUUGGAGUUCACAACGCGUUUCUUUUCACGAUGAUCAUUUGGAUGCAGACUUGAGUCUGAGGAUUGCCCCGCCACUUGUUGAAGGUGGAGAAGGAGCUGGGAAGGAAAGUGAAGUGGAUUUGGAGCUUCGACUUGGUCAUAACCCGUGA